AUGAGUGACGAAAAUUGUAUACUAGAACAACUUAAGGAGAAAAUCUCCAAAUUAAAUGCGGAGAUUGAAUCAUUAAAGAAUACAAAUGACAUAUCCAUGGACUCUGACAUACUGUCAGAAAGCAGGGAUAAUAAAACGAAUAAGAGAAAGAACAAUGAACGUGAUCAACAAAAGAAGAGAAAUAGAAUGGUUUGGAGUGGGCAAUGGGUGAAUUCGAACGUGGAAAAUAGCGUAUCGUUAAAUAAAGAGGAACAGAAAAAAAAUGCAAAGAGAGGAAGAAAAAGAGGUAAAGCGGGUGGAAAGAGUCGAAGGGAUUGGUAUCGGAGGAGAAAUAAUUAUGAGAAUGGAAGGAAUCCUAGAAGUAAAGGAGAGGAAGGUGAUAUAAGUCAAGAAGGUGAAGGAAAAAGAGGUUAUAGUGGAAAACGGGGAGGAUGGAGAAGAGGACAUCAGGAUGGAAGGCGAGGAGGACGAGGGGGUGGAAAAUAA